GGUUAUAAUGUCAAGCUCUCUUGUUAUUGAGCAUGUAUUUCAUAGUUCAUUCAAAAUCCAUUUUAUACUAUUUUAGUUUUAAAAUAAAAUUGAUAAACUAGGGAGCAUAUUUUUCAACGAUUUAAACCGAAAAUGACGGAUAAAUCUCAAGAAGUAUCAAAUUCCGUUAUUAAUUUCAACUCGGAAAAUGACUUUAAUAUUCUUUCAAGAUAUUUUUUAGAAAAUGUACAUAGGUAUCGCGAAAAUAUUGUAGUUCCGAAAAAUCUUGGACCAGUUGCCAUUAAGACUAAUGAAGAAAAGUUAGUUGAACGAUUUUUUGAAAGUUGUGGUUUUAAAAGUAUAAUGAGUUGUGUAAUUGGCUAUGGCUUAGGAGCAGCUUUAGGUUUGUUUACAUCCAGUGUUAAUCCCUCAGUUGGACCAGAUGCACACAAACAGACAGCCAGAGAAAUCUUCAGAGAAAUGAAGACCACUACAUUGAGUUAUGCUAAAAAUUUUGCUAUGGUUGGUGGAGUGUUUUCUGCUGUAGAGUGUGUUAUUGAAUCCCAUCGAGGAAAAACUGAUUGGAGAAAUGGAACCUAUGCAGGCGGUGUUACAGGUGGACUGAUAGGUCUCAGAGCUGGGGUUAAAGCAGGUGUUUUUGGUGCAAUAGGCUUUGCUGCCUUUUCUACUGUUAUUGAUUAUUAUAUGCGGGGACAUUAACCCAGCUCAUUUAUAUUUACGUUAGUGAAGUUAGCAUAAAGUAGGAAGCAGUACAUUUUUAUGUUAUUUAACAAUUAUAUUUUUUCUCAUGACUGUAUCUUACUUUUGAACUUCAAGAAUUAUUUGAUAUGUAUUUUUCAACAAUGAAUUGAUUACAAUGUACAAAUAUAAGUUAA